CAAUGGGAGGCGGCAGAGAUGCUAGGCAGGGAUAUAAAUGCAAAGGAGCAGCAGCGGGGUCAGCAGGAAUGAACAACAACAAAAAGAGACACUUCGAGCACAGAGCAAGAUACUCUUUUGAUCUUUCGAUAUUUUUCUACACUUAACAUCAGGUCCCAGGGUCAGGAAAGAUGGCCACCUCAGCAAGUUCAAAACUGAGCAAAGCUGUUAAGCAGCAGUACAUGGAGCUCCCUCAGGGAGGAAAGGUCCAAGCCAUGUACAUAUGGAUAGAUGGAACAGGAGAGGGACUGCGAUGCAAGACCAGAACUCUAGAUUGUGAACCGAAAACCAUUGAAGAUCUUCCCGAAUGGAACUUCGACGGCUCUAGCACGUAUCAGUCAGAGGGUUCUAACAGCGACAUGUACCUCAUCCCUGCGGUCAUGUUCAGGGACCCGUUCAGAAAGGACCCCAAUAAGCUGGUAUUCUGUGAGGUGCUGAAGUACAACCGCAAGCCAGCAGAGACCAACUUGCGGCAGAGCUGUAAACAGAUCAUGGGGAUGGUGGAGCAGCACCACCCAUGGUUUGGCAUGGAGCAGGAGUACACCAUCCUGGGUACAGACGGACAUCCCUUCGGCUGGCCCUCCAAUGGGUUUCCGGGUCCACAAGGGCCUUAUUAUUGUGGAGUUGGAGCAGAUAAGGCAUAUGGCCGGGACAUUGUGGAGGCCCACUACCGAGCCUGUUUGUACGCUGGGGUUCAGAUUUGUGGAACAAACGCUGAAGUCAUGCCAGCACAGUGGGAGUUCCAGGUCGGACCCUGUGAAGGAAUCAACAUGGGGGACCAUCUUUGGGUGGCUCGGUUCAUCCUUCACAGAGUCUGUGAGGAUUUUGGCGUGGUGGUGUCAUUCGACCCCAAACCCAUCCCAGGGAACUGGAACGGUGCUGGCUGCCACACCAACUUCAGCACCAAGGAGAUGCGUGAGGCAGGAGGACUCAAAGUCAUUGAGGAGUCCAUUGAGAGGCUGGCAAAGAGACACAUGUAUCACAUCCGGGCGUACGACCCUAAAGGCGGGCUCGACAACGCCAGGCGCCUGACCGGUCAUCACGAAACCUCAAACAUCGAUGAGUUCUCGGCUGGCGUGGCCAACCGCGGGGCCAGCAUCCGCAUCCCCCGUACGGUGGGACAAGAGAAGAAGGGCUACUUCGAGGACCGCCGUCCGUCCGCCAACUGUGACCCUUACAGGGUGACGGAGGCGCUAGUGCGCACCUGUUUGCUCAAAGAAGAAGAUGACGAGCCCACCGACUACAACAAAUAGCGUCACUAUUUGAGCUUUGUUUAGUCACUCAUCUAUUUUAAAACUUAGAGAGACUUUACUCGUUUUAAUUUGUUGUUUCACAUAUGAAAUGGUUAAAGUAUCUCUGCGUUUAGUUGUGUGCAUCAACUGUUGCAAACACUGCCUUUUAUUAACAGUGGGUUUUGUUCGUUUCAGGUGAUCCUUUCUGUAGAUGUACACCGUUGUCUGUUUAGCUUUUACUAAUAUAAGCUGUUAAAGUGCCUCUACUUGUUGCUAUAGUCAUUAGAUAUUCAGCCAAAGGAUCCUAAUGUUGAAUGUUUUUUUUGCAGACAUUGACCUCUGUCCCAGUUUGUCACGUCUUGCUAAGUGUAAACCAGUUUUACCUUUUAUACGCAUGUAAAUAAUGCAUGUUUGCCUUGUCUUUUUACAUGAGUUAUUAACUCAAUAAAUUGCUUCUGUUUUUA